AUGCAGGAACUUGAUCUACUUGGCGAGAAGGUUAACCGGAUUCGAGAUCGUCGUGCACUGCGGGAAUAUCUGGCCGACUAUCUGGACUAUCUCCCGGCGUUUAUCAAGGCGGCCGCUGACCGGGAUCAGGACGCCAGCACGGAGGUUCUGGCGCGCGAUCUUGUCAACCUCUGUGAGAUCCGUGACCUGUACCAGAUCAUCAACCGGACCUACGCCACUACGGUCGAAAGGCUACAGACUAUUGCACAUCUCCACCCCUCCGAGCGGCUCUGCUUCGCCAGCAGAUAUAGGCUGCUGCAGUCUGCGGGCUUAUUUAUGGCCGCAGGAAGGGAUCUUUCUAUAUCCUCGCUCCCAGAUAAUUAUGCUCCGCCGGUCCCGUUGGCGCCACAGCUGGUGAGCCCUGACGCCAGCAGCCAGGGUAACCGCUGCGGGGAGCCCUCGCCCACACCGGUGGAGACGGAUGCCCGCACGCGUCCCGUGGAGGGGUGGAGCGCUGCGAUGGAGACGGAGAGGAGGUGGACCGGACCGUCGGCGGGAGGGCCGACCGUUCCCUCCAGCCUGAGGCAUCUGCUGAACCCACUGCUCCCAGUCAGCUCCGAACCGACCGGGAUACGGGGUAGGCAGCGUGCCGCAGCAGUCGUGCUGGACGACUGCGGUCAGCGUGUGGCCAGCACCCGCUGA